CUACUAAUUUUAUCUAUAAAAAUUUAAGCUGAUAAACUCAAAAUUUAUUAUAGAGCAAUCGACAACAAAUCAGGGAGGGAGAAACUCUUAAUGACAGAUAAAAGCCGAAUUUAGGGCAUCCAAAUUAGGUGAAGAAGUGUCAAAAACAAGUAAUGGGGAAUAUUUAGAGAAGCAAAGAGAAAUCAUGCCAACCGCUACUUUCAUCUCUCUGUCUGUCUGUCUCUCUCACACGCUUUUCCUCCGUUUCCUUAUUGGUUUUGUAUCAUCUCUUCGAUUUGGUCACCUCUUCGAAAAAUCAUGGAAGAUGUCCAGCAACCUUCAGCUUCUUUCAGUAAUGGUUCCCAGGACACUAUUGAAGAAAAUCAAGAAAAGAAAGCUGUUCCUGUUGGGCGCAAACGACUAACGAGAUCAAGGUUUUCUGACUCGUUUUCAUCUCAUGCUUCUGUAUCAGAUAAGAAAUCCUUCGCCGUGGAGGCGGAGGAGGAGGAGGAGGAGGAGGAGGAGGAGGAAAAGGAGACCAAGGAUGGAACGGAAAAGUGCUCUCCAAGAGGAGUUCUAGAAGAUUGCUCUGUUGGCGUAGAAUCUGAAACUUCUUCCAAGGCAAGCACUUCAAAUAGCUAUGAAUCUGAAGCAACUUCUCCCAGGGCCAGCACUUCAGGCUCAGAAGGGCAACCGAACGCCACCACUCCCUGGCGUGACUUCCUUCGCGUAUUUAAAAAGGGACCUGCAGCGAGCUGCCAUCCCCUCCCUCCUCUGAAGAAAGAUACACCAAAGCUAAGUAAACGGAAAAGCAGAAGCAGAAGAUUCAGAGAGGAGAUUGUUCCAACUCUAACUUCUCCACUAGAUGGUGAAUUCUGCCAUUUCAAAUCUUCUUGGAAGAACUUUUCUCUCUCAGAGCUCCAUACUGCAACUGAUACUUUUAGCCAAGAAAAUUUAAUUGGAGAAGGAGGCUAUGCUGAAGUUUACAAAGGGAAAUUGGAAGAUGGGCAGUUCGUUGCAAUUAAACGGCUGACCAGAGGUUCACCAGAAGAUAUGACUGUCGAUUUCUUAUCGGAGCUUGGGAUUAUAGUCCAUGUUGACCAUCCUAAUAUUGCCAAAGUGAUUGGAUAUGGGGUUGAAGGGGGGAUGCAUCUUGUCCUUGAAUUAUCUGCCAAUGGGAGCCUUGCAUCUUUACUUUAUGGCCCCAAGGAAAAGCUGGACUGGCGAAUCAGAUAUAAAAUUGCCCUUGGAACUGCUAGUGGCCUUCUGUAUCUUCACGAGGAGUGCCAGAGGAGAAUCAUCCACAAAGAUAUCAAGGCUUCCAAUAUAUUGCUAACAGAGGAUCUUGAGCCCCAGAUUUCAGAUUUUGGGCUUGCAAAAUGGUUACCAGAGGAGUGGUCUCAUCACACUCUAUCAAAAAUUGAAGGCACUUUUGGUUACCUUCCUCCUGAAUUCUUCAUGCAUGGAAUAGUGGAUGAGAAGACAGAUGUUUAUGCUUACGGUGUUCUGUUAUUAGAGCUCAUUACUGGAAGGCAAGCCUUAGAUAGUUCACAGCACAGUCUUGUAAUGUGGGCCAAGCCUUUGCUACUGAAUAACAGCAUAGAGGAGCUUGUUGAUCCAAUCCUCGCAGAUGCCUAUGACUCAGAACAGAUGGAUCGUCUGGCAUGUACAGCUUCUAUGUGCAUACAUCAAUCUCCUUCAGAGCGACCUCAAAUGAGCCAUGUUGUAAGGGUUUUGCAAGGAGAUGAAAGCAGUUUUGAAGAAUUAAAGCAACGACAAAGGACACCCUCGAUUGAAGACCUCUACGAUGCAGAUGAAAACGAUUCGACAGAGUAUCUGAGAGAUCUCAAUCAACAGAUGGAGGUGGUUUUGAGCAACUGUAAUGAAAAGUUCGAAGAACACGGGCGAUCAACUGAGUGCCUUGAUGAUCCGAAUCAACAGGAGGAGGGAGUGGCUGUUCAGAGCCGUUCUGGGAUCUAAACCAUAUCUUUUUCUCUUCACAGGGUGUUGACCCCAGGAUGUCAUUGCUCUCCUGAAUCUUUAUUCUGACAGGACUCACCAUUGGAUCCAAAAGAGCUUGGAAAAGCAGAAAAAUAUGAAAGCCAGGAAAGGAACUGUUGAGACCAUGUAAACAUGUUUCUGUCCUGGUAAUGCUUGCUUGCUUCAUGUAUCAUUACAAUUCUCUGUCAUCGGUAGUUCUUACUAGCUGUGAUCUCCGCGCUACACUGUAGGCAUCAAGUGUUGAUUGUGCAUUUGUGUAAUAUCUUUUUUGCUAUGAAAUGAAAGGUAAGUUCGC